AACACAGACUCCGACAAGCCCCAAGACUGUCAGGACAUCCUUGACAACGACGAGACCACGCCCAGCGGCGUGUACAUGGUUUAUCCACGGGACAACCUGGGCGGCUUCAACGUCUUCUGUGAUAUGGACACGGACGGAGGCGGCUGGACUUUAUUCCAGAGACGCCAAGACGGAAGCGUGGACUUCUACCGGGCCUGGGCGGACUACAGGACCGGCUUCCCUUCCAACCUGAACGGCGAGUUCUGGCUGGGGAAUGACAACUUGUACCGCCUGGCUGUGCAGAAAGUCUACCAGCUCAGGGUGGAUAUGGAGGAUGUGGAGGGAGAGACGCGGUACGCCGCUUACGACACGUUUGCCAUCUCACCUGAAUCACAGAACUACAAGCUCCACAUAGGGCCUUACAGCGGUACUGCAGGUAAGGUUGUGGUGUGUUCUCCUAUCAUGGCAUCAUAG